GGAUUAAACGUAUAGUCACCUGCGCGUGCGUGUUGUGUGUGUGCGGUGCGCGAUAUAAGACGUGCCCCGUAGGACUUUUACUCUCACUUUUGUAGCGUGUAGCGAAUAUGAUUACGAGCACUGAAAAUAUUUCUAGCGUUGCAGAUCUAACGAGGUCUAAUGUACAGUUAACGGGAAAUAAGAAAAACUUAACAUGGAGAGAACAAACGAAGAAAUUUUUAAAGAAUAUCAAGUGUGUUUUCCGGGAGACGACGGUUGAGCCUUGCCUCUUUAUCUACAUGCUGUGCACUGCUAUAUCUUCUCUCGCUGUACAGAACAUGCACCUUGAGAAAGCCUGCAGAGUUAACUUUGAUUAUGGAGACGAUAUCUGUGAUCGUAUUUCGAAGAGAAAUACUACCGGACUUGAGGAGGAAUUAAAGCAAAUUCAAUCACUGGUGGCCACUGUGGUCGCCUGGAAGUUCCCGCUGCAGACCGCAAUACCAGCAGUCAUGGUGCUAUUUGUUGGAGCGUGGAGCGAUAAAUACAAGAAAAGAAAAAUAUGUAUAUUAUUCCCAUUUUUAGGGGAGAUCAUUUGUAAUAUAGGACUGCUUUUCGCUACAUACUUUUUUAAGGAACUAUCCUUGACUGGAACGGCCUUGAUAGAAGCGUUGCCGGCGGCAUUUACUGGGAGCUACAUAAUCAUUUUCAUGGGGAUGUUUAGUUUUAUGUCCGAUAGGACGACGAUAGAGAAUAGAACAUUCCGUUUAGGACUUGUUACGAUAUGUGUGACAGCGGGAACACCGACUGGGACCGCUUUGAGUGGUAUACUGUUACGUGUGAUGGGGUACUAUGGAGUAUUCGCUUUAUUGUUAGUGUUGCACACAAUAUCAUUUUUGUACGGUAUAUUUAGACUGGAAGACGUUCUUCCGCCUGAUGAGCCAAAGACGGGUCUUGGUCAAGAUAGACAAAAGAACAAUUUACUAAGUGUUUUAAAGGAAGUGUUUCAAUUGGUUGGGAACACUGUGAUGGUAGUUCUCAUCCCCCGUGCCUCCAAGGGCAGGACUCAGAUAGUGUGUGUGCUGUUCCUGUAUCUCCUUAUGGUUGGACCACUUUACGGAGAUUCACAAGUAGCGUACUUGUACGUCAUUCGCAAGUUCGGCUUUACCGAAGUGGAAUACAGCGUUUUUGGCACAAUUAACAUCGUCCUGGGUCUUGUUGGAACAAUUUUCUGCAUCUCAGUUCUCAGCAAAAGAUUCCGCGUGCAAGACAGCGCUAUCGGCGCUCUCGCUGGUGUGAGCAGGAUAGCAAGCUGUUACAUGACUGCGUUUGCUCCUACGAGAGCUUGGUACUACUCGGCGCCACUCUUGAACAUUUUCAGUCAUACUGGAUUAACUGCUGUGCGAUCAAUAGCCACCAAGAGUGUUCCAACAGAAGAUGUUGCCAAACUGAGUGCCUUAAUCGGAGUGACGGAAGCAAUAGCGCCAUCGAUAUAUAUGCCGGCGACCAGUUACAUCUAUAUGAUGACCAUAGACAACUUCCCUGGCUGCUUCUACAUGUUCGAUGCCGCCCUGACUUUCGUUGCUUUAGGACUUUUCACAUUUAUUUACGUUCUGGUGAGACGGAGAGACAAAGCCGCAGUCACGGAUCCAAGUAAAAAAGAAGAAUUUGCCAGAACAAAUGAAGUGUCACGGUUUUAAAUUAGGAAUUUGACAAAAUGUUUUCAGAAAAUGAUCUGAAUUUAAAAGGACGGUGCUAUUGACUGCUGUUGAUGUCAAACUUCACAUUAGUUUGUAUUUACGUGUAAUUAGCAUUCUGUAAAGAAAUAGAUUAUUGUAAAUAUUUCAUGCACAGAUUGUCUUUAAGGUCUUUUAAGUGCCACCACAGGCUAUGGACCUGUAUCGGCUGAUAAAUUUAAUUAAGUUCGGCUUAAGCGAUAUAGUAACUAGAAAGCUGACAAACAUAGUAUACACGCCCUCAACAUAAUAGCUAAGUUGGGGUUAACCACAGUGUGAUUAAACUAUUGGCUGGGGUCCUUAUAAUAAGCUGGCCCUAUUACUUUUGAACGUAGUUAACCAUUUAAUAUAUUCCGCACCAAAUAAAAUUAUAUGUCUUGCUUCUGAUUGCAUAAAUCGAACUAUUUCUUAAAAGACAGAUAUUGCAUUUAAAGUGACCUUGAACUAACCAAUACAACUCUAUUUUUUUCUUAAAGAUAUCAACUAAUGCUACAGAGAUAAACUACGAAAAGA